UAGGUGAGUCAAAAGCAGCCCAGAAUCAGGAAGUAGGAUGCCGUGACAGACAUGAGUAGGCAGAAGGAAAUGGGCACCACCACCACACAAUGUCACUAUGUCUGCUGCUGCUCCUGUCCAUGGUAACACAAGGACGAGAGGGAGGAGAGGCCACAGGGAAAUGACCCCAUCGUCGAUCAUGUUGCUGCUGGCUCUGACAGCCUGCCUGGCUGGGACUGUGUUCUGCCAGGGUGAUGAGGACACAAGUACUGUUGAAGAAACAGAAACAGAAAAUGAUGCCGGGUUCUCAGUGAUCCCAACUGUAAGUGAUGCUACCCCUACACCAGACUCAUACCUAUCAUCUGAGAGUCCUUCAGAGGGAUAUGAGACUGAAGCUGAAGCUGGUUCUGGGUUCAGUGCAGGUUUGAAUAUAGAAGGGGAGGAUCAUCUCAAAUCCUCUGAAGCCCCACUGGAGGACAGUCUGAGUCUCACCUUCGUCCUGGUUCCUGUUGUGCUGGUGGUCGUGAUAAUCGCCAUGGUAGUGGGCGUAGUCAUAAUCAACCGCAGAUGGAAUCGGAAAGGAAAGAGCAAUUCUGAUAACGUAGAAGAGGAUAAAUAUUUGCAUGGUUGCGAUGACACAGAAAAAGUUCCAAUGCCCAUGUUUGAGGAUGAUGUCCCCUCUGUGUUGGAGCUGGAGAUGGAAGACCUGGAACAGUGGAUGAAUAAAGACGGUGGAGUUCGAAUGGACUCUGGACAAGGGAUCUAACAUGAGAUCAUGGCUAGUCCCUAAAGAGUCACGGAGUCAGUCAAUCCUCUCUCCCAACCGUCCUCUUGCUGUACUGCCGGUGACAAAGGACAUUUCCCCAUCGCAGGGAAGGACAUUCUGUUACCCAGCCGCACUGUAGGCUUCUUCUAUUCAUGUCAAUGUCAAAGCAACGUCAUCAACCGACCACAUUGACAACAAGAAAGCAACACCUCCACCCAAGGUGACUGCAAAAAACAGGAAAUGCUGAAUUUAUUUUCCAUUUCAGCAUAAACAAAAGACAAGUAACAAUAAAUGCACAAGUUAAACUUUUUUAGAACGUAACAUCUUAAAAUCUACGCAGUCCACCGUCAAAUGUACUGUGGUAUAGGCUCUAUGGAGAAACAGUGUGUGGCAAUAGUCCUUUCACUACACGGAUCCUGAUUGUGGUCGGCCUAAUACUGAAUGCUUUUUGCAACGCCAUCAACUCAGUACAGUGCCUUUUUAGUCAUUGUUUCAAGUUCAUCUACACUUUUUAUGUGUUUGUUUUACUGUCUUUUGUAUUCAGCUGUCAUGCAGUGAGAGAGGGAAUCAGUGAGAGAGGAAGGAGUAAAACACAGGAGGUUGGUGGCACCUUUAUUGAGGAGGACAGGCUCGGGGUAAUGGCUGGAAUGGUAUCAAAUGCGUCAGACACUUGGUUUCCAUGCGUUUGAUGCCAUUCCAUUCGCUCCGUU